AUGAGGUAUCUGUGGCUCGGUCUUUUGCUCGCAUUGAGCACGUGUGCUGCAUCUCUGCCAAGAGAACUACACAACCCUGAGGCGGUUGAUAAACUACUCAAUGCGCGUCAGACUUCAUCUGCCGCGUCUAGUUCCACAGAUGCUCCCGCUCAGUCCGCAACCAGCAUAAAUUCUGCGGCACCCUUCCCAACAACAAGUUCUGUGGCGUCUUUGACGACUCCUACGAAUGAUGCUACCACAACAGUAUCUGUUGUGGUUACGUCAACCCGAACAUCCAGUAUGACUAGCCCCACGUCUUCGUCAUCAUCAUCAUCCACUCAGUCGUCGACAUCAACUCAUUCGUCGAGCUCAGAAACGACCUCCAUGACACCCACUUCCGCGCCUCUUACCGACAUCAAUGUGCCCUUUUACCAGUCCAAAUACUACGCGAUGAUCAUCGCGCUCUGUUGUUUCGCGGUUGGCCUGCUCAUCGCCUUUAUUGUUUCAGUCGUCAUUGCUUUGCGCGCCCGAUCCGACGUUGGUGAUCUCCGAGACAGACUGAACAGAUACGAGGAGCAGAUGUACUUGAGCAAACAAGAGGACUCGACAUCCUAUGUCGGAUACGCGGUUCCUCAUAGCUUCGGACAGCGAUCUUACGGUCGGGUUUCUACCAACGACUCGGAUAGUACAUUAGUCACUCGUUCGCGCCAACCGACCAGUACCAGUGGAGGUCAGCGAGAGUUCGGUGUUAUCUCGCCGUCUCCACUUGGACAAGGAACAAAACCAAAAAGUCGCUCUCAAACAGGACAACGCCGAGUCACAUUCAGCGAUGAGGGGCCCUCGACGGAUGAAGCACCGCUCCUGUCAUCCAGUGUUUUCCGCGAUUCCAUACCUCAAUAUGCUCCACAGUACUCGCAAGCGCCUGCGCCCAAACCAAUUGAUCCGUAUGGUUCCUCAGCGCUUGCGCAGUCACCACCCCAGUUUCCGGCCUCUCCACCUCCACAAACCACUUUUGAAUCCACCCCGUUUACGCCCGCACUGGCGCUGGGUCCCAGAGUGAACAGUCCAACCCGAGUUGCUUCGCCCCCAAUACGCCGACUGCCUGCCACUCCCGACCUCUCUUCGAGUGAACAAGAUGACGUAUAUGCAAACCCAUUCCCCCCUGCGCAAGAUCAUUCAGCGAAUGGCAAUUACCAAUACCGCUAA